GUCAACGUCAAGUAAUUAUUGUGAGAAGAGGUUAUGUGUUAUUGAACCGCAGAAGAAAUGUUAUGUUUAGACAUUUAGAGCUUCGUUAGUUUCUUUUGAAUGAUUUUAUAACAAAGAAUAGAUAACUAAAUGCAACACACAAUGUUACGAAACAUUACAAAAACUUCGAAUAUUGUGGCAAAGCUGAAUCCUGCCAAAAUCAGGUUUCCUGAUAAGUUAAAAGGAACAAUACUCGAGAAAUGGGCCGAUUAUUGGAAAAAUCUAUUUAUUGAUUAUCGACAAAUGUUACAAGACUUAAGAAGUGACAUACAGGAGCAGCCCAAAAAAGCUUUUAUAUGGGCGACUGGUCUUACAACAUUAUACGGCCUUGUUCGGAAUAACCCUAGCGAAGCAGAUUUUAAGAAUAACUUGAAAUGUAUUAGCAACGACGUAAUAUUAGUGAGCGAGGAAUGUCUUAAUCCUAAAUCUAUAGAUCAUUUGCGUUUCAUUGAUAGAUGUUACAAUGAAGGAGUUGUGCAUUAUAGGAAUUUUGGCAUUGCUUCAGUGAUAUAUAUUUCUGAAAUAAAUGAUGGAUGUGACAUAUACAAAUCGCAAUGCCAGUACCUGAAGCCUACAUUCUUCAGUUUUCCUUCAAGAGUAAUUGAUGUAGGUUUGCUCGGGAGAUGGUGGAAUAUUUAUAUAAAAACUACAAAUUAUGAUGUUAACAUGUAACAUACCUCAUACUUGUAGUAUUAUGAAUGUGUAAAUUAACACUUGUUGAUAGUUUUCUUUGGUAGAUGUAAAUAGUAAUAAAUAAUAGAAUUUUUGGAAC